AGCUUCGCGCUUGCUCACGAACUUGCUUGCCUGGCUGGCGCACCCAGCUCCUCCUUCCAUUCCUUCUUCUCCCUCCGCAGCCUCUGCCAGCCGGCACUGCGCAUGCUUUCUGACGCCCGCUUUGGUCCAGCGUGGGAGGAGGGGAUGGAAAUGAGGUUGGGCCGAGCAGCUCUCGCGCGCUCCCUUCCCUGCCCUCCCGCGACGCCGAACGCGCGCCGGGCGGUGCAGCUCCGCCGGUCCGAGGGCAGUGCAGCAACAGCGGCAGCGGCUGCGGCCGUGGCCGCGGCGGGAGGAGCCCGAAGCCCCGCCCCCGGGGAGGGGCCGUCCUGCAGGUCCCCCCUCUAUCCUCCUCGGCCCCAUCCAAGCCAGGGAUGAAAUUUAACGGCAAGAAGGACGCAGUUGACGCGGCGUCAAUGAACUGAGACUAAGUCAAAAGCCGGGCCCUCCAACCCUAUCCCCAUCAGCCUGGUUAAUCACCGGCGUCACCCCCGCCCCGCGCCCUGCCCCUAGGUUCCUGUGCCAGCAAGAUGCUGGAGCGAGGCGCGGAGUCCGCGGCCGGGGCCACCGAUCCUAGUCCCACUGGCAAGGAACCGGUGACCAAAGAAGCUCCCCACCAGGGCCCACCGCAGAAGCCCAGCCAGUCAGCUCCAGGGCCCACCGCGUCCGCGGGCUCGCCUCGCCGGCGGCCCCCACCCCAGCGCCCGCACCGCUGCCCCGACUGUGACAAGGCCUUCUCGUACCCGUCCAAGCUGGCCACGCACCGCUUAGCACACGGAGGCGCCCGACCCCACCCAUGCCCAGACUGCCCCAAGGCCUUCUCCUACCCGUCCAAGCUGGCAGCCCACCGCCUCACGCACAGCGGAGCCCGCCCGCACCCGUGCCCACACUGCCCGAAGGCCUUUGGCCACCGCUCCAAGCUGGCGGCUCACCUCUGGACCCACGCACCCACCCGCCCCUACCCGUGCCCCGACUGCCCCAAGUCCUUCUGCUACCCUUCCAAGCUGGCGGCCCACCGCCACACGCACCACGCCACCGACGCCCGCCCCUAUCCUUGCCCUCAUUGCCCCAAGGCUUUCUCAUUUCCCUCCAAGCUGGCCGCCCAUCGCCUAUGUCACGACCCCCCAACCGCGCCCGGCAGCCAGGCGGCUACCCGGCACCGAUGCUCCAGCUGCGGCCAAGCCUUUGGCCAGAGACGCUUACUGCUCCUUCAUCAACGCAGCCACCACCAGGUGGAGCACAAGGGGGAGAGAGACUGAGCCCUCCCUUGGCUCACUGUCCCCCUCUGCCGCCAGCCCUCGCCAGUAAGAGGUGGGAUUUGUAAGACCGACUGUAUGAGCUCGCCUCUUCCAGAUAGCUGGCAGAGGGCAGGGCAAGGGAUUGGCCAUUUAUACUGGGCUGGAGCUCAGAAGCCCAAGGAACUCUUUGCUCCCCUGCUUUGGGGAGAUCUCAAACCAUGGACGUGGAGCUGUGGUUUGACAGCGCUGGCUCUGCUUCUCCCCACACACUUACAUGGCAAAGGUAAAAAGUCUGCUACUAUCGUGGGUUGAUGAGGAUUGUGGGCAAACAGGCUCUCUUGUUAAAAGUUUAAACUGGUGUCUCCACUUUGGCCAUAUGACGGUAUCUAAGAAAUUGAAAAUACAUACAUGCUUGUCUCAA